CAUUAAAAAACAUUUUUCCAAAAAUAUGCUAAAUUUUGACAAUAUUUGCCGUACCUGUUCAUUGCAGGGUGAAUUACAAUCCCUUUUCGUUGAAGAUUUACUAAAUCCUGCAGAAAUGUUAACCCAGAUAGUUGAUAUAAAGGUGAUAAAAGGCGAUAAAUAUCCACAAAAUAUUUGUUCGAGAUGUUUGGAUUCUUUAAGAUCUUCUUACAUAUUUAAGAAUCAAUGUUUAGAUGCACAUAAAAAAUUUGAACAAUAUUUAUCGCAAAAUGCAGAAACCAUUGUAGAUUAUAAAAGAGAAUUAGAUAAUGUUUUUAUAAAAGAAGAAAGCGAAUUAGAUCAUUCAAAGACUGACGAUGUUUCGUUCGAAUUAGAUAAUGAAUCAGGGAGUAAUCCAGAAGAAAAACCAUACGAUUGUAAGAAAUGUAACGUGCAAUUUAAAUACCAAAAAAACUUUGAACGGCAUUUAAAAAAGCAUGACCAGUUGUAUAUAUGUACGAUUUGUGGUGACCAAUUUAUAAGUAAAACUCGUUUAGAACAACAUAGCUUAAAACAUUCAGGGGAAAAACUGUACGAGUGCGAAAAGCAUGACCAAUUGUACAUUUGUCCCAGUUGUGGUAAUAAAUUUCCUACAAGACAUGAUUUAGAACAACAUAGUCAAGAACACUGCAAAAAAGAAACGAUUCCUGACGAAGAUUGUGAAAAAUCUUUCCUUCAACGUCCCAAAAAGUUAAAAAAUGUCAAUAAAGAAUUGUUUAAUCCAAAAGUAACGGUGAAAAAAAAUUUUCCACAAAUUAAACCCAAAAGAAAAUAUUUAUGCGAUUACUGUGGGCGUGGUUAUCCAGAUGCUACAAAAUUAAAUGCUCACAUCCGAACUCAUACCGGAGAAAAACCUUUUUCAUGUAUUGAAUGUAAUAAAUUUUUCACAGGUAACCAUAAUUUGCGCCAACACAGACGAGUGUAUCAUUCAAAUAAAAAACCCUACAAAUGCGAUUUUUGUGAAAAAAGUUUUGCCAUGUCACACUGGCUAAAACAACAUGUCAGAAUACACAUGAAUGCGAAACCAUUCACAUGUGAUAUUUGUAAUCAGAAGUUUCGAGAAAAACAUCAUUUAACGCGACAUAAAUUAGUACAUACCGGUGAAAAACCAUUUUCAUGCAGUGUUUGUGAUAAACAAUUUACACAAAAGAGUAAUUUAGGAUCACACAUGAGAACACAUGCUGGUGAAAAAUCGUACGUGUGUUCGAUAUGUAGUGAAGUUUUUCAUGAUUCGAAUAGUUUGAAAAAUCACCGGGCAAAGCAUGUAAUACAAUAAAGAAAAUUAAAAUUUAUUAUCUAAUAAAAUGAA